ACCCGAGCAGCCGGCUACUCCCAGUCUGGAACCGGGAAGCCGCGCUCGGCGGCGGGUGCCGGGCGGCGAUGAGGAUCUGGAGCUCGGAGCACGUGUUCGGCCACCCAUGGGACACGGUCAUCAAGGCUGCUAUGAGGAAGUACCCGAAUCCGAUGAAUCCCUGUGUGGUGGGAGUCGAUGUGCUGGAGCGCAGUGUGGACCGCUGCGGCCGGCUUCACAGCCACCGCCUCCUCAGCACCGAGUGGGGGCUGCCUGCCCUCGUGAAAGCGAUUUUGGGAACCAGUAGGACUUUAACAUACAUCAGAGAACAUUCUGUUGUGGAUCCAGUGGAAAAGAAAAUGGAACUUUGUUCCACCAAUAUCACACUCACAAACCUUGUGUCGGUGAACGAGAGGUUGGUGUACACACCCCAUCCGAAGAACCCUGACAUGACGGUGCUCACACAGGAAGCCAUCAUCACCGUGAAGGGAAUCAGCCUUGGUAGCUACUUGGAAGGCUUAAUGGCCAACACAAUAUCAUCCAACGCAAAGAAGGGGUGGGCUGCUAUUGAGUGGAUAAUUGAAAAUCCUGAAAGCGCUGUGAGCUAACGGGGCCUGCACCUGCGCCUCAUGAUGAACGGUGAUGCCCAAAAAAUCAAAGAGGAAAUAAAGAAAGGAAGAAAGAAGCGAGUCCUGAAUACGAUUCAAGGGCCCAGUCUGGGAGAGGUGUGGAAUCUGCUGGAAUCCGCCUCCUGCCUGCUCACAGCCUCCGCCGGGCUCCUCCAUGGUGACCCCAGGACAGGAAGCUCGGCCGAGGUGCAGAAGGAGCUCCUCUGUUGCAGAGUGAGACCCAGAGGAAGACGACCUCUCACAGGAGGAGGACAGGGGCCACGAAGCUGCCACUUCGUCAUCCUGAUUGCCGAGCAGGGUCCUGGGAGCCGGCCCUGCCCACAGCCCAGCCGCCCCCAUGCCAGCGUUUAGUCAGACUGUUCUUGUGCCUUUGUCUAUUUUCUCCUUUGCAACAGCUCCCGGCUCUUUCUUGCCAGUUCUUGGGAAAGCACUAAAUAGCUUUUCUCUUUUCAGAUCGCUGCCCGUUUCCCUCCCCUGCCUCUUAAAUAACAGUCUUCACCACCAGUCCCUUCACACAUAGCUGGUUACCAUCUGCCGUUUCAGAUGGUGUUGCCAUGGACCCCUCUCUUCCCCUCAUCACUGCGCAAAUCUGCACACGCUAGAGCAGGGGCGUCCCCCCCCCCCCCCAAUGGUGACAUGUGUGGUUGACAGGACUGUGAGCUCUCCAAUCAGAGGCAGAAUUGGUCAGGAGAGCAAAGCUCUGUCCUGGGCCUGCACCUCGUCUGUCCUGCCAUCUGGGACCAGCGACCCCAAGUGCCGAAGGCCAGGGCCCCUUCUCCCCAUUCAGACCUGUCUUCAUGGAGAACCACUGCUAUCCUGUCAGCUUGACGGCGCUUUCCAAAUUGGGAGUUUUCAAAAGUAAAAUGUACAGUCUCUUUCAAUAUCUUUCAAAUUAUAAAACCUUUAGAGAAGGCCUCCUCCGUAAAGGACGGGUAGAACCUGUGUUUCACUGUUUUAUUAGGUAUUGCUUUUUGUUUGAUAAUAGUACUUCCAAUCCAACAUGAAAUUACUCGUUUUUAUUUUAUUAGACUAUUUUAUGCAUAAAGCUUAAGGCAAAAUAGAGUUUUUAUGUCAAAAACAAACACUCUUACCCCUUCUGCACUGCAAGGUUUGCCCCUUCUGAGAGGACUCUGAACUCUUGGCUGUUUCUGCCAUUUACUGCUAGAUUUCUAAAUAAAUAGGCAUAUUCUGCUUUUUUCUUGAUUCAAUAAUUUUAGAUGUGGUCUGUUGACUUCCCGUGGUGGUGGAUUAUUAUUUUAUCUCUCACAGCUUCUCUCCCUCCCGCACUUCCCCAAUGCAGCUAUAUUAUAAUGUAUGGUUAAAAGCACAUUCAGAAAUUCCAACGUUUUGAAAAUAUAUUACUAUUAUUUUUUAACAAGCCAAACGUAAAUACCAGAAUUAUGUUUUCUGAUAUCAGUUUUUUCCCUUGAAGGUAAUACUGAUCUCAUUCUCUUCAUCUAUUUAUUUCUUAGAAGUCUGGCUGAGUCCUCCUACACUCUUCACCCACUCUCUGCAGUGCCCCGCGACAUCGUCUCCCACAGGUUCUAUGGACUUUUCGGAGACAAGGGCAGAAGGUCCUUUUCCCGCCAUCUUGUUUUGCCUUUAUAAACAAUACAAAUUUUAAAAAUACAUAAAAGCAAUCCAUGUCUACGAUUUAAAGAAAAAUAUAGGAGUGUCUGUAAGGGUAAAAGCCUCCCUGGAAAGGAAGAAUGGCUGGCCUCUGCCAGUUGGCUCCCAGAUUUUACAAAUGUUUGGUGCAUAUGGAAGUAUGUGUGUAAGUUUCUCUUCUAUUAAACACGGAUGGAUCGUACUGUA